GAAAAAAGGUAGGGGAGGAACAGAAAGCAGAUUAGGUAGAUGAUAGGAGGAGUUUAAGGACCGAACACAACGCUUUCCUCGAUUCUGUCUGUCUUAUUUCAUUCACAGUACAUCAUUUUGGGAUCCAUGAAUUUCUCGAGAGAUCAUCAACUAAGUCAAGUAAGUCACAGUUAAAGCCAAACCCAGAUCCUCAAAUGAGCGUCGACACACGCUUCAGGACAAACAUCGAGAGAUAAUAACAGCUGGGGAACAAAAAGCGGGUUGAUGCAUCUGCGGGAAGGGCCAUGUGCACCAGUGGUUUUUGUUCUCUGUGCUUGCAGCUUUUCAGGUAACCAGUGACUGGAACAUGAGGACCGGUGGAGAAUGAUAUCUGAUCCUGAGGGUUGUUACAGAAAGCCAGAGAAAAUGAACAGGGCAUACGGAUACAUGAUCAUUUAUUUAGUGUCCGUGAUUGGUUUCUGCACGGCAGAGGCUUUGAACAUCUCGGCGGUGGAUGGAAGAGAGAAUGAGACCGAGGCGGAUGGAGGUGGCUCAGUUCCCCUGGUGCUCACCAAAGUAAGCCAGAUCAUCGCCCGCGAGGGGAACUGUGCUUUAAUUGACUGUAAUAUCACUGGCGACCCUUUUCCAGACAUCCAGUGGUUCAACUCGCACGGACACCUGCUUGAUACUGACAAAAGUGAUGGUAAAUGGUGGAUUCUGGACAAUGGCGUCCUCAACAUCACCAGCAUCACGUUCUCAGACCGCGGCAAAUACACGUGCACGGCCUCCAAUGCGCACGGCAAGGCCAACUGCACAGUGACGCUGCGUGUGGUCUUCACCAACGGAGAUAUGGGUGUGUAUUACAUGGUGGUGUGUCUGGUGACGUUUACCAUCAUCAUGAUUCUGAACAUCACUCGCCUUUGCAUGAUGAGCAGCCAUCUGAAGAAAACUGAGAAGGCCAUCAACGAGUUCUUUCGCACGGAAGGCGCGGAAAAGCUCCAGAAGGCCUUCGAGAUUGCGAAAAGAAUUCCUAUCAUUACCUCAGCAAAAACGCUGGAGCUGGCGAAGGUCACGCAGUUCAAGACCAUGGAGUUCGCGCGCUACAUCGAGGAGUUAGCACGUAGCAUACCGCUCCCGCCGCUGAUCAUGAACUGCCGCACCUUCAUGGAGGAGAUCCUCGAGGUCGUCGGCGUAGAGGAAAUGAGACAUACUUUUGUCCGACAAGCACCUGAGAGUCAUGGUGAUGGAGCUGCUGGCACUAAUGAUGACGUUUUCACUAUCUUGCACGAAAGAGAACGGGCGAGGGAGAGGGCGAGGGAGCGCAGCGAUUCUCCCGCCGUGGACUCGGACGACGCAUCGCUUCAUGAGCAACCUCAACACAUAGCCAUUCAGGUUUCGGUUCAUCCACAGUUAGCUGCUGCAGGAUGCUGUAACGAGGAAGCUCCACCUCUUUCUGAAAUAGUCUCCUCUCCGCCCCCAUUGGCUCAGGUGCCUCUGGAGGCGGAGUCUGAGGAGAAUGAAAACAAGGUGGAGUCUGUACAAGGAGGUGGUGCUGCACAGGAAACCCAAGUCAUUUAUGAAAGCCAUGUGUAAUAUCCUGAAGGAAGGAUAAUGACCUCGCUAUGCAUUUUCUUGGGGAACGAAAAGGUCAAGAUUUGUUUUUCGUCUCAGAAGUUGCUUUCUGUUAGUCAUCCUAGGAAAGAUUAAGAAUAGAUCCAUUUGUGUUUGGGUGAAUCUCGCAAAAAUCUAAUUUCUGGGUCAUAUUUUACCUUAAAAUUAAUUGGGG